CCGUGCGCUCACGCACUAAUGCCAUCCCCUUCCAAACGAGCCCCCUUUUCGCCGCCUGUCAUUCCAAUAAAAGAAGCGCUCCUCCUUUCACGAUCCGCGGGUGUCGACGAUUCUUGGGAUCCUCGCAGGCAACCGGACUCUCUCGCUUCGCAAAAGGGCGUGGACAUGGCUCCUUGCGAUCCAGAUUAGUUCGUCUUCCCUCCGGUUGCUUGGUUUUCUUAGUGCCGUGAUCUGGGGUCAGGCCCAGGGGAUUCUGUGCUCAAGGAAGGAGAUUUUCUGGUCAUUGUGAUCGAUUUCUUGUCUGGUUUUGCAUAAAGUUUUGUUCUUUUUGUGAUUUUCCUGUGAUUGCUGAGCGCUAGGGUUUGGAUUUUGGCUUCCAAGUAUAAACAUUUGAAGGACAAGAGGGUUGGUUAUGUUUCAGAUGGUUGGUUGGAUUGGUGUGAAGAAGCCAGUAGGAGCUGCAAGAAAUGUGGAAUCUUUAUGUGAUUCCCUUUGGCUUCUGAAUGUUUUGUGGAAUUACUGAUAAGUGUUAAGUCUAACGAGGACCGAAUUGGACAAAAUUGAUUGGGGACUUCGCUGCUGAAUGAUGCGAUAUGGAGGGAAACUUAAAUGCUGGAAGCAUGAUGUCGGGAGCUUCGUAUGGUGUGCUGGCUUUGCAAGGAAACAUGUACAUGCAUCAGGGCUCGAUGAUCCAUCACCCACCGGUGUGUGACGCCUUCGGUGUAUCAGGCAGCCACUUGCAGGAAUCUGAUCACCGAGAAGGUGUUUCCAUCAUGGACUACCAUAAAGGAGAGCGUGGCAGGACCUCAAUGAGCGAUGACGAUGAGCCAAUCUUGACCGAGGAUGGAGUCGAUGCUCAAAAUGAGGCUGGCAGAGAGAAGAAGGGCUGUCCGUGGCAGCGAAUGAAGUGGACUGAUGCAAUGGUUAGGCUUUUGAUAACUGCGGUCUCUUACGUAGGAGAAGAUGCUCCUUCUGAGUGUGGUGGGAGGAGGAAGUAUGCAAUAUUGCAGAAAAAGGGGAAGUGGAAGGCCAUAUCAAAAGUUAUGGCCGAGAGGAGAUGUUAUGUGUCACCUCAACAAUGUGAAGAUAAAUUCAAUGAUCUUAAUAAGAGAUACAAGAGGCUCACCGAUAUCCUUGGUAGGGGUACAUCUUGCAAGGUGGUUGAGAAUCCGGCACUUUUGGACCGUAUGAGUAAUCUCUCAGAAAAGAUGAAGGAUGAUGUGAGGAAGAUUUUGAGCUCAAAACAUCUUUUCUAUGAGGAGAUGUGCUCCUAUCAUAAUUGUAACCGGUUGAAUCUACCUGCUGACCCAGCUCUUCAACGAUCGUUGCAGUUGGCACUUGGAAGUAGAGAUGAGCAUGACAGAAGGAGAGGCUCACAUGAAGAUGUUGAUGAAGAUGAUCAAAGUGCUGACGGUGAUGACGAGGAUGGUGAUGCUGAAGAACAUAAUGUGCACGGGAAUAUGGUGGCAUCAUGCUUCCCAAAAAGGAUGAGGCAUGGGGUGAACCAUGAAGAAGCGGUUUUUGGUGACACAUCUGCUUUACAAAAUUCUACUAGAAGCCUUCAACCUCAAGGCUUAACCUUAGAUAUGAACCAAGUAUUUUCAGAAGGAUCUAAAUCAACACUGAUACAGCAGCACUGGGUUAAUUAUCCGCUUCAGCUCGAGGAGAAGAAAUUGCAUAUUCAGGCUCAGAUGCUGGAGCUCGAAAAACAACGCUACAAGUGGCAAAGGUUUAGUAAGAAGAAAGACAGAGAACUAAAUAUGAUGAGAAUGGAAAAUGAACGAAUGAAGAUUGAGAAUGAACGCCUAUCCCUUGAAUUAAGGCAGAAGGAAAUGGAGUUGGAUCUUACUUCAAUGAAAACACAGUGAUGCAAGAUUAUUUGAAGGAAGCCAUGGAAGUAUCAGUAUGGUAAGCUUUGCUGAUUCGAGGAAGUAGCUAAUGAUAAGCUUUGCUAGUCAAUGGUUACUGCAGUCCUGGAGAUCGAAUGAGUUUAUGACUCAUUCUUUUUCUCUGUCUACUUUUCCUUGUAAAGAUGAUCGGUAGCUUUUCUCAGGGUUGCCAGUUCUUGACUAUUAUAAGUAUGAUAAUGGUUUCUGUUGAAGAUGAUUUUCUCUUCUA